CUCCCUUGGAACCUGCGCCUCCAGCCAAGUACAGCGAUUAGCCGCUGAAGCCCUCAGUCACUAUUGAUCCAGAACGGCGAUUGGAUGAGCCUAGAGAGAAAGGUGGGAAGCGUUGUAGAAGGGGCGGGGCCGGGAGUCGUUGGUGUUUACUGGGCGUGAGGUGAAGAGGAUUGUGGAGGAAUACAAGAACUGCGGCUGUUCAUUCUCAUUCGCCCCACCCCUCGCCUUCAACUUUCGGCCCUGGAGCCCCCCGCCUUUGAAAGUCUCCACCGCUAUGGGGCUCCGGAAGAAAAACAAGAGCCCGCCGGUCCUGAGCCAUGAGUUCGUCAUCCAGAACCACGCGGACGCCGUGUCCUGUUUGGCCAUGGGCCUCCUUCUGGGCCUCAUGUUCGAGGUUACAGCCAAAUAUGCCAUCAUGUUUAUUACUGUUCAGUAUAAUGUUACCUAUACGACAGAUGACAGGCCUGAGCCAGUACAUUUCUAUGAAUAUGGUCCAAAAGAUAUGGCUACCAUCUUUUUCUACAUGCUUAUAGCCAUUAUUCUGCAUGCAGUGAUUCAGGAAUACAUACUAGAUAAAAUUAAUAGACGCCUCCAUCUGUCAAAAACAAAGCAUAGCAAAUUCAACGAAUCGGGGCAACUUGCAUUUUUCUACUUGUUUUCAUUUGUCUGGGGCGCAAGCAUUUUGUCUGCAGAAGAAUUCACAACAAAUCCAACUUUGUUGUGGAAAGAUUAUCCUCAUUCUCACAUGUUUUUUCAGGUUAAAUUCUUCUAUAUUUGCCAGAUUGCCUAUUGGCUUCAUGCACUGCCAGAACUCUACUUCCAAAAGGUUAGAAAGGAAGAUAUUCCAAGACAAUUGCACUAUAUCUGCCUUUAUAUUGCCCACAUAUCUGGUGCCUACCUUCUGAAUCUUCAACGUUUGGGUCUAAUUUUGCUGGUACCUCAUUACCUUGUGGAGCUUAUAUUUCAUGCCUCACGCCUCUUUUACUUCAGUGAUGAAAAUAAGCAGAAAGGAUUUACUCUUUGGGCUCUACUGUUUGUAAUGGCUCGUCUUCUGACCCUAACUUUGUCAGUCCUCACAUUUGGAUUUGGUCUGGCAAGAGCUGAAAAUCCUGGCUUUUCCUUAGCAGAAGGAAACUUCAACAUACUUACUGUUAGAAUUAGCUGUUUGGCUGCAAUUUGUUUGACUCAAGCUUGGAUGAUGUGGAAAUUCAUCAAUUUCCAGUUAAAGAAAUGGAGAGAGCAUAUACAGAACCAGAUUCCUAAGAAGAAAACAAAUGCCACCAAGAGUAAACCAGCAAAAAAGGAAUUGAGCAGAGCUAACUUGGUCAAUGGAGUAGUAAAAUUGGAAGAACGCACAUCACCUAGAAAAAGAAAAUCAAAAGCUUUGUGAGGAGCUAUACAGAGGACAAUGUGUUAACAGAAGACUUUUAUUAAAAAAGGAAAAAGUUCCAUCACCAUGAACAGAGAGAGAAACUAUUUGGCUGUUUUCCUGAAGGACACUGGUUGAAAUAUUAUAUUUUUAAACUUGCGUUUAUCAAUACAAAACUUAUUAUGAGAAUAUUUCAUCACGAGUCUCGCUUAUUUAACAUUUUAAUACUGUUUCCAUCUUUAAUUUAUCUCUUGAAAGUGGAAAUCUGGUUUUAUUCUUGCAUGCAAGUAUGAUGCAGUGUUUGGGGGUACAGGCACAGGAGAGGUUUCUAAAUCAAACAUCUUUAUUUGGAGCUUUAAAAAUAUCAGUAACAUUUCCAUUAAGUUUCUUUAAAAAGUAGUUCUUAGAAACCUUUCUUAAUUAAAGCACGCAUCUUUUUUUUAGAAAAUGUUUUGCACAAAACCCAAUCGACUGUUCCCUUUAUCACUGUCUGAAAUGCACCUCUUUUAUUCAGAGGUACCGGUAAUUGAAAAUGAGUUUUCUGUGUUAAAAUUCAUCAAGCUAUGACGUGUUUAUCCCUUUGUUUUAAAAGUAGUGUUUAAGAAUGAAAUCAAGUAAUAUCUUCACCAUGGAAAACUGCCAGUUCAGCAUAGUUUACAAUGUCAUUUCCAAGACUGAGUGCUAAGCAAUUAUCUAUGGCCAAAUUUUACAUAAUUGGUAAUCUGAUUUUCUCUCAAUGAGUGAUCUCCACUAGUUGGUCUCAUAUGAAAUAGCCCCUGAAAUCUUUUAAAAUACAUUUUGAAACUAAUGCUUCUUAAAAUAGUGCUAAAGAAUUUGGUAUAUUUUUGUUUAGAGAUCCAUGAAACUCUUAACACAUAAUCAUAUCUAAAAAUGAAUGUUAAACAUGCAGAGCUGUAGAUAAUGUUAGAGUAAAUUUUCAAGUAUGUCAGCUUCAGUAAUGUUGUCAGCAGUCAUGAAUACUUGACUUAUACAACAGCAUCACAGUCAUAACUUCUGUCAAUCAUUGAAUCUUGGUUUGUUUGUUUUUCAUUAUAGAAAAGUUUUUACUCCCCAAACAGACACCUGCAUUAAUAUCUGUUAUCAAACAUAGCUGAGAUGCAUAGUUACUAUAGCACUAGCAUACUAAAAUCUCUUCUUGUGCUUAAGGUCUGGAAGGAUGGCUGAUACAUUAAGAUCAAUUAUACCAACAAGGAUACAAAGAGCUACCUAUAGUGUUGCAAGGGACUCGCACUAGCCCAGUGUAAACUCAAACAUUUUACUAAUUCCCACACAAUACUGCAGCUUGUUUUUUGAAUGAAAAAACCAGUUUACCAUGUGACAUAAGAAGUUGUCGGAAGGGAAAACAAGUCUCAAGUCCUUUUGAGUUCAUGGAACUGGUGUCAUGGUUCUUUGAAUACUAGCCAUUGAAUGUAGAACUAUAGACAUAAGAGCAGUUUGAAAGCUCAGGCUUUCAUUUAGAGCAGGGUUUCUCAACGUGUGGGUCCCCAGAUGUUACUGGACUUCAGCUCCCAUAAUCCCCUGUCCCAGUGGCCUUUGGUUGGGAAUUAUGGGAGUUGAAGUCCAAUUACAUCUGGGGACCCACACGUUAAGAAUCCCUGAUUUAGAGAGCCCCCCCCCCCCCGCUUACCUUUCCGCAUUCCUACAUUGUCUUAGAAAGUGGGAGGUGGGGAGUGUUUUUCCUUAGGUUGGGCAAAUUGAAGUUUAAGCUACAAUCCUGGAAGCAAAUAUUAUGAACUCAGUAGGGCUGCCUAGCAUUGGCAACUGGGCUAAUACAAUAUAGCCUCUGUCAUUUUGAUGUGCUACUUCAUAAAAUCCCAGCAACACAAGCUGCCAAAUUAAAAAUAAAAGCAGUGUAGUUUUCAUUGUUUCCAUGCUCUGUCGGGCUUAUCUAAAACGUUUAACAUGAAUUGCUCAAGUCAGGCUGUUGUAUGGCCCCCAAACGAAUGAAAUCCAUACACUCUAGAACAAUCCACAUUCUUUUGAACCCCUCUCUUGCUAGUUUUAGUACUACUAACUUUGCGUUCUAGCAGUCUGAUACCAAUCUCUACAGGCACUACAACAUAGAAUCCAGUGGAGAAGCACACUGUAUUAAAGGAACCUGUAAAUUGGGGGGUAGAAGCUUUCAUAGGUAGAGGCAUCCAAAUCCUUCAUUGAGAGUAUAAUUGCAGUGGUGCCAAAGAUGACAGGUAUGUCUUUAUUCCAUAUGCACAAGCACUGCCUGUAUGCCUGCUGGAAUUUCCUUGAUAGCUAAUGUCCACACAAACUAUAUUACUAAAAGAAGUUUACCACUUAAAUGCCAAACAUCAGGAAAGGGGUACAGGUAAACUGCUAUUUUUUAGAAGUAAAGAGAUCUGUGUCUGUCCUGUGAUGAAAUUGCACCUCAGUCCUGACCACACUCCUGUGAGAAACAAGUGACCUAAAUCAUACUUCUCUCAUGAGCAUUCAAUAACUUCAAUCACUUGCAUUUAGAUGUUGCCACACAGAUAAAAUCACUUUUGAUAAAAGUAAUGAGACUUUUUGUAUGUUGGUGUUUAGCUUAGUUGUAUCAUUUGUAUGCAAAAUGCUAUUCAGGAUUUUAGUCCAUUUUUUUAUUUUCCAGCCUGUUCCUGUGUGUAAACUAUAACUUUGUGAGUUCUCAUAAUCCUGUAUAUUUCUACUGAAAAUGUUUACCAUGAAACUAGAAUAUAUUUUUUUAUGAUUUUAAUAAAAUGUAUUUGUAUAAUGAUGAAUGCCUCAUUUGAUAAAAGUAUCAUCUUCUGAGCAGUUUUGAUGAGAAAGUUGCAGCUACACUACUCACAAGAUGAUACUUACUCUGAUCUGCAUGCUUUGUUUUCUGGACUGUUCUAACAGAGGGAGGCCAAAGGCUAAUAAUAUUUGUUGCAUCCUCUGGAUGGUAGUUGUGGGCACUGUGGAGUUGCAGGUUGAAGUUUGUAUUGUCUAAAAUGUGUUCUGUUGCGAAGUCAAACCACUUUCUCUUUGUUUUUAUGGCAACCCUGCUUUUCUUUCAAUACUUAAGAUGUUGGCACAUAUGUGCACUCUCUCACGCGUGCACACUCAUAUAUAUUCACAAGUAUAACACUAUUUCCUUAAGUUUGAAAAAUAUAUAGAUAGAUGGAUUAAAACUUAAGGAAAUUGUGUUAUACUCAUGAAUUCCUGGAGAGUAUUCACUUUUCCAUGUUUGAAACUGCAUUUCAUAUUUGUGGGAAAUAGUUCAAUUUAAUACAUUAUCAGGAGGAAAUCACUAAAACACUUCUAAGCAUCUACACUUUAAUUCAUAACUUAAUUUCUAUUUCCUUCUCUUCCUCUGGAUGCCAAACUUCUUGGUUAAGCAUUUGAAGUACGUGUGUUUAAAAUGCAAGUAUUUUGUGUAUGGAUACUUGUGUGCGUGUACACCUGAUAUCUGUAAACUGGAAAGAAUAAUCUUUCCUAUUGCAGCAUGAGAGGAACUAAAACUAUAUAUCAUAUUGUCCUGUGUCAUUGCACUGCACUGAUGGAUGUUUUAUGUACUAUGAAAUGCAUUAAAUAAAAGGUGGGCCUGUGCCUUAACAUA